AUUGGCUAGGCCAUUAACCAAUUAAAAUUCAAAGCAGCUCAACGGUUUUUAAAGACGUAUCUGUCGUGUCGUUGUUAAAAUCUUUAGAAUUUAUGAAAAGUUUGCUCUAAAUUCUCAGCUAGGAACCUAAAAUUGUUUAAUCAACAUCUAUAAUAUAACGGCUCGUGCCGUUAAAAGUAGGUCCGUAAUGGCGCCAACAAGAUUGGCAACGAAACCGCUCGGCGUCAACGAGAACCUGAACGGCAUGUUAAGCCACGGCAUUACGACGAGGAGUAAACAGCUAGCUUCUCUAAAGAGUCACAAGGACAGUCUAAAAAUUCCCAAUAAAAGGAAAGCGGACAGUCCUCUUAAAGAUGUGACUGCGAAGAGGGCGGCGUUCGGAGAUAUAACGAACGCCUAUAACAAAUCGUGCGCGCCCCAGGACAAGGAUAAAGCCAUGCCAGUGAAGAAAGUCACUGUUGAGACCAAAAUGCUUCCAGCAGUAAAGAGCAUCAAAUCACAAACAAGCACACUAAAUGGCAAAACUUCAAAGACCAAACAACUCCAGCGGGUAGCCAAUAAUGCUAUUGAUGCAGUACAGAAACAUUUCACCAAAGACCCACCCAAGCAAGUGGCCACAAGAGCUCAGAAUGGCAUCCUGAAGAAUUUUGAAAGGAAAGACAAACUCAAAGAGCAGAAUCUGAGUAAUGGUUCAGUCAAAUCUGCAAGAAGUGAUGUUUCCGGUGAACCCUCACUUUAUAUGACUGCCUUGGAGAAUAUUAGCCCAUCUGAGGUAACUAAAGAAGAGUACAAACAAAUCAGUGAGAAACUGAACAAAGUAAACUUGGAUGACACAUCUAGGUCUUUGGAUGAAGAAACAGAGACCCCUCAUAAAACUCCUUCUGGUGUUCUUGACUUUGACUUUGAGAAUUGGAAUGAUCCACUCCAAGUAUCUCAUUAUGCUAUGGACAUAUUUAAUUAUUUGAAAAACAGGGAGCGCCUUUUCCCUAUUGACGAUUACCUGAAACGUAUGAAUGGAAUUACAUCGUGGAUGAGAGCGCUACUUGUAGACUGGAUGGUUGAAGUUCAAGAGAGUUUUGAACUCAAUCAUGAGACCCUGUAUUUGGCUGUGAAGCUAGUUGACUUGUUCCUUACUCGUUCAACUAAGAAUGAACAAAUAGAACAACUGACAAAGGAGGAAUUGCAACUAUUAGGAGCAUCUGCCUUGUUUAUAGCUUCUAAGUUUGAUGAGCGCAUUCCGCCCCUAGUGGACGACUUCCUGUACAUCUGCGACGGGGCAUAUACGCUGAGCCAACUGCUUAAAAUGGAGAUGACUAUUCUCCGGGUCAUCGACUUCGAUCUCGGCGUGCCGCUCUCCUACCGGUUCCUCAGGAGAUACGCCCGGUGUGCUCGUGUAUCAAUGCCUACACUAACACUGGCUCGGUUUGUGUUAGAACAAUGCUUGUUGGAAUAUGGACUUAUUGAAAAUUCAGACAGUAAAAUGGCUGCUGCUGCACUGUACCUUGCUCUCAGGAUGAAGAAUCUAGGUUCAUGGACACCCACUCUACAGUAUUAUACAGGUUACAACCUCAAAGAAAUUCUCCCGAUUGCAUUAGCCCAGAAUGCAGUUCUACACAAGAAGCCAAAGUCUGCGAUUAGCACAGUUAGGAAUAAAUACUCACAUACAAUAUUUUUCGAAGUUGCCAAAGUACCCCUAAUAGACGAGGCGACGCUCACUAGCUGAGGAAUAAGUACCAGGAAUGUUGUAUAAAGUUUAGUACUAGGGUAUGUACUUAAGUUUUGAUAGUUAGUUAUACAUGUAAUCGUUAACAAAGCUGUUAGCCUAGUCGCCAAGAUCAAGUUCUUCAACUACUAACUCUAUCAGUUUCGGUAUCUAGAUUAGAAAUUCCCUAUACGCGUUCUCCUAAACCUAGCAGAGAAUGUAUACGACUAGGCUUGCUUUUACUAAAUUUUACUGUCAUAAUUUGAAAAUUAUAGCUAUGAAAUUCAAAUAAAUAUCUUCCUAGAUAAACUUGCUUCGUCAUCUGUAACACUACCAGUAAGCAUUUAUGUUAUUAUUAAAUUGUCGAAGCCCUAGAGGGUAAAAGAAACAGGAGCGCCUGCCAAGAAAUUGUUGCUCUCUUGAAAGUAUUGUUCAUACAUAUCUCUAGACUAUGGUGUUUUGUACCAGUGUAUUUGUUUGAUGUGAAGACUGAAAUAUAAUGUGACAUAGCAGAGAUGAUAUAAAUUAUAUCUGGAUACUAAGAGAAUGUAUUCUUACUUCUGUUAAGAAAUAAAACGAAAAUGAGUGAAGUUAAGUCAUAUUAAUGAUUCGGAUUUUUUCUGCUAAAAAUCAGUACCAUUGGGAAAUGUUAACCAAGAGUGUGCCAUAAUAGGCAAAUGAAAGUCACAGAAUCCUCUUCAACUAUGGAGUUGAUUACGGAACUAAAAGUUUCAAAUAUUGUUUAAUUUGUAUUUAAAAGAAAAACCAAAAUCAGUAACCUCAAAUAACAUUUUGUACCAAAAAUAUCCAAAUCAGAUUCCAUCUAUUUUACAGUACUGUUUUUGAUUAACUUGCUUUUGUUUAACAACAGUCUUCCUAUAGAAAAUUAUAGGUAGUAAGUUUUGAUAAAACUAGUUAAUUAUUUAUUGUUUUAUAAUUCUCUCCGUACAGUCAAUAAUAAAAAAAUCUUUAAAUCAAAAUUUAUUAUUCUUCAAACAAUUUUAAUGUUUUAACAGUACAUUGAAUGUACUUGUUGCUUCGAAAAAUUUUAAUUGGCUCGUUAUUAACUAAAAUUGAAUAUGAUUUUGUUAUUGAUUGUACUUCAUGUGCAUUUUUAGAAUUGCAAAUGGUAUUUUUUGGAUUUGGUUUAUCAGUAAGUUACGCUUAGACGUUUAGUAUAAUGAUGCCUACUUAAAAUACCUGAAUAACUGAUAUGUGUAGGCUUAAAAUAUAUUUUUAAAAGGUUAAUUAAACAUAUUUAGAAAAAAAACGAAAUUUAUUACAUAAAAUUAGUAACUAAGUAGCCUCAAUUUAUUUAGUUAAAGAAGGAUUGUAUGCUAAUCAGGACUAUAGAAUUGAAUGAAAGCUUCAACGCAAUUUUAUACAAAUGCAAUUUUAGCGGAUUUGCUAAUAUAAUUUUCAAUUUAAAUUGUUAUUAGAAUGGAUUUUGUAACAUUUUUAAUAUUAAUUAAUUUUACAUUAUUUGUAGUUAUUUGUGAGAUUCACUUUCCACUGUCUUACGUUUAUUAUUAUUUUUGUAAUUUAUCACGAUUUUAGAGUACAAAAUAUUGGAAUGUUAAUAAUGUUGUUCUUUUAAUACUAAGUUUUUAGAUGUAACUUUGAAUACUGUUUUUUUUUCUCUUGAUAGUAUCUGUGCUCUAGUUAUAUACAUGAUUAAUGUGAACCUACUGACUUGUAAAUAAAAACGAUUUUGGUUUGGUA